AUGGAGAUGUUGAUGAAGAUCAUUGGAGGGCAACUUAUUUUCUGUUGUGUGUUUUUCCAUGUUCUUGUUGCUGGUGGUGAGAGUCUAGAAGCACCAGAACUUAAGAAAAAUUGCACAUAUGUGAUCACCAUAGAAACCACAUGUACAUGGGGAGCUGAAACCUCAAAUCUUGUUAGUCUAAGGUUUGGUGACACAAACUCCAAUGGCAUAUUGGUGAGACACCUAAACUCCAAGCACUUAAGAAAAGUUGACCCUUUGGAUCCUAGGGUUCUUGAUGACAUGCCAAGGAAACCAUUCCAAGCAUGCAUGGUGGACCAAUUUGAGGUCACAGCACCAUGUGUUGAGUCUCCCAUCUGUUAUUUAUACCUCAAGCUCGUUGGAAACGAUGAUUGGAGACCAGGUUUUGCUCAUAUUCAAGUUCUUGAAGGCUCUCAUCUCGGUUCUGAUUAUUUUUAUUUUAGAAGAUUUGUGCCUAGACAUGUCUGGCAUGGCUCUGAUGUGUGUGAUAGUGAGGUUACACCCUUUGGACUCAAGAAGAAGAAAAAGGUUUAUGUGAACAUUCCAUGAGUUUAGUCAUGUAAUUUCAUGUUACUUUUUAUUUUCA